CCGCCCCCUGCCCGGCCGGCGCUGUCCCGGUGCUGAACGCGGCCAUGAGCGGCGGCGUCUACGGCGGCGACGAGGUCGGGGCCCUGGUGUUCGACAUCGGCUCCUUCUCGGUGCGCGCGGGCUAUGCCGGCGAGGACUGCCCCAAGGCGGAUUUCCCCACCACGGUGGGGCUGCUGUCCCCAGACGAGGUGGCGCUGGAGCUGGACGGGGACAAGGACAAGAAGGGUGGCAAGGUGUACUACAUCGACACCAACGCGCUGCACGUGGCCCGCGAGGGCGUCGAGGUCCUGUCCCCGCUCAAGAACGGCAUGAUCGAGGACUGGGAGUGCUUCCAGGCCAUCCUGGACCACACCUACGGCAAGCACGUCAAGUCGGAGCCGGGGCUGCACCCGGUGCUCAUGUCCGAGGCGCCGUGGAACACGCGCGCCAAGCGGGAGAAGCUGACGGAGCUCAUGUUCGAGCACUACAACAUCCCGGCCUUCUUCCUCUGCAAGACGGCCGUGCUCACCGCCUUUGCCAACGGGCGCAGCACGGGGCUGGUGCUGGACUCGGGCGCCACCCACACCACGGCCAUCCCCGUGCACGACGGGUACAUCCUGCAGCAAGGGAUCGUCAAGUCGCCGCUGGCCGGGGAUUUCAUCUCCAUGCAGUGCCGGGAGCUCUUCCAGGAGCUCAACAUCGACAUCGUGCCGCCCUACAUGAUCGCCGCCAAGGAGCCGGUGCGGGAAGGGGCCCCCCCGAGCUGGAAGAAGAAGGAGAAGCUGCCCCAGGUGUCCAAAUCCUGGCACAACUUCACCUGCAACGAGGUGAUCCAGGACUUCCAGGCCUCGGUGCUGCAGGUGUCGGACUCGCCCUAUGACGAGCAGGUGGCGGCGCAGAUGCCCACGGUGCACUACGAGAUGCCCAACGGGUACAACACCGACUACGGCGCCGAGCGGCUGCGCAUCCCCGAGGGGCUCUUCGACCCCUCCAACGUCAAGGGCCUCUCGGGGAACACCAUGCUGGGCGUGGGCCACGUGGUGACCACCAGCAUCGGGAUGUGUGACAUCGACAUCCGGCCCGGUCUGUACGGCAGCGUCAUUGUCACCGGCGGGAACACGCUGCUGCAGGGCUUCACCGACCGCCUCAACCGCGAGCUGGCCCAGAAAACGCCCCCGUUGCCCCCAGUGGUUUACAGCUGCCCCCACAGCGAUUCCCAGUUGCCCCCAGUGCUCCCAGUAACGCCCCUGUCCCAGAGCAUGCGCCUCAAGCUCAUCGCCAGCAACAGCACCAUGGAGCGGCGCUUCAGCCCCUGGAUCGGGGGCUCCAUCCUGGCCUCGCUGGGCACCUUCCAGCAGAUGUGGAUCUCCAAGCAGGAGUACGAGGAGGGCGGGAAGCAGUGCGUGGAGCGCAAGUGCCCCUGAGGAGACCUGAGAGAACCUGAGGGGAACUGAGGGAAAUCUGAGGGGACCUGAGGGGAUCUGAGGGCCCCUGAAGGAACCUGAGGGGUCCUGAGGGUUUCUGAGGGAACCUGAGGGGAACUGAGAGAAUCUGAGGGAGCCUGAGGGGUCUUGAGGGUUUCUGAGGGGAACUGAGAGAAUCUGAGGGGUCUUGAGGGGCCCUGAGGGAACCUGAGGAGAUUUGAGGGAACCUGAGGGCCCCUGAGGGAAACUGAGGGGAUCUGAGGGAACCUGAGGGGGCCUGAGGGGAAAAUCGCGCAGGAAUCCAUUAAAACCCGCACAACCCA